UCGGUUUAGAAUCAAUAGAAUAGAAGGUUCCCAAAAACUCUCUGAUAAACCCUAAACCUUCAACGGCAACUUCACCUAUUUAUACUUCUUUCAAACGUCUCCUCUUCAUCCGCCUUUUCCCCUCAACUCUUUCAAACAAACAUUCUUUCAUUCCCCCAAUCGCAUCCGAGCAGCAAUGGAAUUUUGGGGUGUUGAGGUUAAACCUAAUGAAACCCUUAAAGUCGCAGUCGAGGAUUUCAAGCUCCUUCACAUCUCUCAGGUUGCUUUGGGAGAGGUGAAGAAUGGGAAAAAAGUCGAGAAUGUCCAAGUUCGUGUUAACUUCAAUGGUCAAAAAUUCGUUCUAGCAACUUUAUCUUCCGAACGUAUACCACAACUUUUGUUCGAUUUGCUAUUUGAGAAAGAUGUGGAGCUUUCUCAUGGCUGGAAGGAUGGAAGCUUUAUACUAAUCGUUUUUUCCUUAACCCUUCUGUGUUCUUUUGGUAUCACGGACUAUAAUUUUGGUCCUUCUUCUGAUGAUGAUGAAGAAGAAGCAAUCAAGCUUACUGCUAAUGGUGCAGCUCAAGGUAAGCCAAAAGCAUCUUUGAAGGAUGUAACUGAAGAAGAUGACUCGGAAUCAGAAGGUGGUGAUGACUCAGAUGAUGAUAUGGAUGACUCAGAUGACUCAGAAGAAGAAGAAGAAGAAGAAGAAGAAGUGAAGCCUGUGAAGAAACCUGUUCAAGCUGGAAAAAGACCUGCUGAAAGUGCACCCAAGACACCAGUUUCUGAAAAGAAAGCAAAAUCCAACACUCCACAAAAAACAGAUGGGAAGAAAAGUGGACAUACAGCAACCCCAUAUCCAUCAUCAAAACAAAGUUUCAAGAAAGGAAAGAAAAAUGGGAAUAGAUCAUAGAUUAUAGUUUUUAUAUUAUUAUGGGUUUGGUUUGUUUUCGAGGCUUUUGUUAUUAAACAAUGAGGAAUAUAAGUAGCUUUGUUUGAAUUUUAAAAAAACCAUUGUAGUUUAAAAUUGUCCAGAGAGUUUGCUUAUGG